GAAGAGGAACAAAAGUAGAGGAUAGGUUAAUGAAGUUGUAAAAAAUGAAAUGAAAAAAUUGUUAAGAUUAUCACCAUUAUGAUAAUCUUCCCGAUUGACAUGGCAUUUCCCAACACGAACACACCAAAUCAUACACCAUUUCCUCAAAAACCACCAUUAAUUUCAGGCAAGAAUCUCAAAACCUCACCCAUCCCCGUAGCGGGUCGGAAAAACCGUGGGUUACUAACGGCUGGGUUCCGCCAUUAAAAUAGUUUAAUGGAAAUCUACAUAUUGUAGUCGUUCCAUCAAUAAAUAUGGCCCAAGGAAAUAAUCUCAUGAAUCGAUCAAAUUCUUUUGAUGAUCUUGAAAGGGGAGAUAUUAUACAACCAUCAUCAUCUUCCCCAUUUUGUCGGACUUUUAUCAUGUCUAAUUCGGGUAAGACAUUGUUGAUUUCUAGCCCAACCUCUGGAAAGAAAUUAAGAUCGUCUGAAUCUGCUAAAUCUUUGGGUUCAUAUUCAUUCAUCAAUAGAUCUUAUGAUACAGACGGUGGGAAUUCUCCAUCGAUGAUUAUGUCGAAUACGGGUAAAGCUUUAGCUAUGUCGGGUUCCGGCAAAUCAUUAGCGGUUUCCGGAUCUGGGAAAUCGUUUUCUGUGUCGAGUUCGGGGAAACGGAUCGAUCAGAAAAGAAUGUAUGUGAAGCAAGUUACGGGUAAGCAUAAGGAUACAGAACUUCAUUUAGCUGCCCAGAAAGGGGAUGUUGAGGCGGUGACUAAUGUUUUGGCGGAGAUUGAUGCCCAGAUAAUGGGGACAUCAAGUACUGAGGUUGAGUUUGAUUUGGAUUUGUUUGCGAUUAGAUCCGCCAUUGUUAAUGAAGUUAAUGAGCUUGGUGAGACUCCAUUGUUUAUCGCUGCUGAGAAGGGUCAUCUUGAGGUUGUUAAGGCGCUUUUGCCUCAUACUACAUCUGAGGGUGUUUCUGCUAGGAAUCAAAUUGGGUUUACUGCUUUGCAUGUUGCUGCUAGCCAAGGUCAUCAAGCUAUUGUGCAGGUUUUAUUAGACCAUGAUCCUGAACUAAGCAAAACGCUAGGCCAAUCCAAUACAACUCCUCUAAUAUCUGCAGCUGUAAGAGGCCAUGUAGAAGUAGUCAAUGUGUUAUUGUCACAAAACUCUAACUUACUUGAGAUGCCUAAAUCAAAUGGGAAGAAUGCCCUACAUUUUUCGGCUCGUCAGGGACAUGUAGAUGUCGUAAAAGCAUUACUAAAAAAGGAUCAUCAACUUGCUAGAAGAACAGAUAAAAAAGGCCAAACUGCUCUUCAUAUGGCUGUUAAAGGUCAAUGUGUUGAAGUGGUUCGGUUGCUACUGCGAGCAGAUCCAGCCAUUAUCAUGCUUCCAGACAAGUUCGGGAACACAGCAUUACAUAUAGCAACGAGAAAAAAGCGAGUCGAGAUAGUGAAUGAACUCCUUGCCCUUCCUGAAACCAAUGUGAAUGCAUUGACAAGAGACGGGAAAACUCCAUUAGAUAUAGCAGAUGCUCUCCCUUUAUCCGAAGAAACUGCAGAGAUAAAAGAAUGUUUAACACGAUACGGAGGCCUUAAAGCCAACAAUCUAAACCAACCAAGAGACGAGCUUCGAAAAACUGUAACCGAAAUUCAAAAGAACGUCCACUGUCAACUCGAACAAACUCGAAGAACCAACCAAAACGUAUCGGGAAUCGCUAAAGAACUGAAACGACUUCAUCGAGAAGGAAUUAACAACGCCACAAACUCAGUAACAAUCGUAGCAGUCCUUUUCGCAACUGUCGCAUUCGCCGCCAUUUUCACCGUCCCCGGUGGAGACUACAACACCGGAGAAGCUGUAGUCGCAACCACAACCUCGUUCAAAGUCUUCUUCCUGUUUAACGCGGUUGCUCUUUUUACGUCCUUAUCUGUUGUCGUAGUUCAAAUAACGAUUGUUCGAGGCGAGACGAAAUCGGAAAGGAAAGUGGUUGAGGUGAUCAAUAAGUUGAUGUGGUUAGCUUCAGUUUGCACUACAAUUUCAUUUAUUUCUUCAUCAUAUAUAGUUGUAGGAAGACAUCACAGGUGGGCAGCCAUUUUUGUAACAGUUUUAGGAGCUGGGAUUAUGGCUGGUGUUCUUGGAACAAUGACUUAUUAUGUUGUGAAGUAUAGUAGAAUUAGAAAAGUUAGGAAGAAAGAAAAGCUAAGGAAACAAAAAGCUUUCCUUGACAUUGAUGUACUUUCUGAAGAUUCUGCUGUUAAUGCUAUUUAUGCAAUUUAACAUC